AUGCCGCCCAAUAUGGCUGGCAUGAUGCCGCAGCGCCGCCCGCAGAUGCCCCAGCAGGGCCAGUUGAGCCAGGUUGUGUAUUCCGCUCUCAUCGAGCAACCCCAGAUCCAACAUGGUUGGCAGGCCGGUGUUCAGAUUGCAGAUCGCCUCGGCAAGGUCACCACACUCGUCAGCAACGCCAUAUUGGCAAAUCCAGGCGUGGAUGGAACCAAGGCCGCGCAAUUUGGAAUCAACUUUGAGAAGAAGUUGUUCCAUGAAAUGCCAGACAAGGUGGGUGCAUAA